AUCAUCAUAUACCCAGACUCAUGGCAUUCGUAGCCAGAGCGUUGAGUUCAGCAUUAAGUUAUUACAAGGAUAUAAAUCCAGCCACUCUCACAGGUGCUAUCGACGUUAUCGUCGUACAAAGGCCAAACUGUGAGGAGGCAGAUGGCUAUGAGCUAGCUUGCACACCAUUCCAUGUCAGAUUUGGUAAACUAAGCGUAUUGCGAGCUGCAGAGAAGAAGGUUACACUCCAUUUGAAUGGAUCGGAAACGCCUUUAGAUUAUUCUAUGAAAGUUGGUGAAGCUGGUGAAGCGUUUUUUGUCUUUGAGACUGAUAUAGAUGUACCCGAGGACUUGCAAACAUCACCAAUUAUAUCACCCGUCGAUCAAUCUGAUAGCAGCGUACCAGUCAGUCCGUUACCUGAACCAGCAGAUAAAGCACAUGUGCAAGGUUUGAAUCUGGACUUAUCACAAGAACCGGAGCCUCUACUAUUGAACCCUGACCACAAUCAAUCAACAGACGAUAACAAUGAGGGUAGCAACCAAACUACACAAACAAUUCAUAAUGCAGCUUCAGCGGUUUCGAAAGUUGAUACCGCUUUAGUUGGUGGUGCUGCGAACGUGAGCAACCUUCGCGGAGAUAAGAUUAAGCGUUCCCGUCCAUCAAAAUUGGACAUCAAUACUUUCGAAAGGGAUGAAGAACCAUCAGACAAGUAUCUCCCUUCGUACGAGGCGAAAGCACCUUCGGUUGUUUAUGCAGAUGACGUAGUUCUCGAUUUGGAGGGUUACAAACAAGUAAAUGACGACGCAGUUGAUGAAGCUGAACCCAGUAAAAGUAAUUUACAACAUGAGACACAUGCUGUUUCUGAGGCCCUCCAUCAUGAUGUUCAAGAUGAGCAAACAAGUCACACAACUGAAGAUCUCACAUUGGCUACUUUUGGGUAUGACCUUCUAACUUCUGCUCACGGAAGGAAAUUCUCUUUAUCAAACAGUAAUAAUCAACGUAGAGAUAUCGAUGAUAUUGAUGGUGUCGAUGAAAAUGAUGUACUCAAAACUGAUGACGCCAAUCACGACAAUAACGAUGAAAACGAAUUUGAUGUCGAAGAACUCAAAAGCAGCUUAGAAGGUUUGUCACUAUCAAAGGCAAGCUCUAAAGAGCCAGACGAUGAGUACACUUGGGAAUGGGGAGGCUUCCCAACUAGAUCAACGCAACCUACUCCAAGAAUAGAAAAGAAUACACUCGGAUUCAGCCAGUUACCUACUGCAGUAAAGGAUAGCACCUCAAAUGAUUCGAAACCGACAUUACAUUGCGGUUGUAAUGAGUAUGAAUUCAUACUUGAGAUGGAAAAUGCCAAACAUGUGUUCGAGUUGGCAAUUUUCGGACACAAGGAGGAUCACAUCGAUGCUGUAGAAUUCGAAAAGAACAAGAUCACAUUUGAUACUUUUAUCCAAGAUGUCAACAUCGUAGAUAAUAAGGGGUUGGUAUGUCGAUACAAUGAUAGCUACCUCGAUUGGUAUUCGUCAGCUCCUGUCAUUGCUUCAUUAGCGAUAUACAGGAGAUCAUUGAAUGAACCAAUCAUGGUCAGUCAUAAAGACGAUACAGAUGUAGAUACAACGAAGAAACAAACCCACAAGCCCCAAACAAGCGAGAGUGGCUGGUCAAGAUGGUGGUCUAAAUCUAAAUCAGAUCCUGAUCUAGCUGCUACCGCCGCUUCUCAAGCUAAGACUGAGCAACCACCAGCACCUCCAGUUACUCCACCAAAACAAGAGAAGCAGGAUAAGAAACAUUAUGCAAAGACUUUGCGUCUUACUUCUGAUCAACUUAAGUCGCUUAAUCUUAAGAAGGGUGUCAAUAAUAUUACAUUUUCUGUCAAUAGCAGUUAUUCUGGUGUAGCCGUUGCUACCGCUAGGAUAUUUUACUGGGGUUCAACUGAUCAGGUAGUUAUCUCUGAUAUUGAUGGUACAAUUACAAAAUCUGAUGCCCUUGGACACGUUUUCACGAUGAUUGGUCGUGACUGGACGCAUAUUGGUGUUGCAAAACUCUAUACUGAUAUCACUCAAAAUGGUUAUCAAAUACUUUAUCUUACCUCACGAGCGAUCGGUCAAGCAGACACGACUAGAGAUUACCUUCGAAAUAUUCGACAGAAUCAUUAUCAAUUGCCAGAUGGUCCAGUCAUUAUGUCACCUGAUCGUCUGAUGGCAUCUUUGCAUCGUGAAGUUAUAAUGCGUAAACCAGAGGUAUUUAAAAUGGCAGCUUUGAGAGAUAUACAGAGAGUGUUUGAUAAAAAGAAUCCAUUCUAUGCUGGAUUCGGUAAUAGAAUAACAGACGCAAUGUCGUAUAGAUCAGUAAAUGUACCGUCUUCGAGAAUAUUCACAAUCGACAGUGAAGGUGAAGUAAAGAUGGAACUCUUAGAGUUAGCCGGAUAUAAAUCAUCAUACAUACACAUGACAGAUUUAGUUGAUCAAAUGUUCCCAUCAAUCAAUAAUGCGUUUGAACCAGAUUUCACUGACUAUAAUUAUUGGAAACCACCUAUUCCUGAAGUAGAAUUACCAGACCUAUCGCCUCCAAGUCCAGCUUUGAGCGCAAGGAGUGAUCAAUCAACUACCUCGAAAUUGGGUAUGUUCUGGCCAUCCUCAUUAGCAUCUAGUUUGAGUAGAAGGGGUAGUACAGUUACAAGUCCAGUUUCGACCGCUUUGGACGAACCAGAUAGGAAGGAUAGAAGAAGUAGAGCAUCAUCACCAGAUUCACGUUAUAGUAGAGCUACGUCACCAGUUUCUGAUUUUGUAUUAUCUGAAGAGGAAGAAGAGGACGAGGAUGACGAUGAUUAUGAAGAGAAUGAAGACUCCUUCGAUGAAGAAGAUAGUGAUGAAUGUGAUAUACAUGAUGUCGAUGAUCUCACUUUCGAAAACUCAGAUAUAGCAAAUAGAACGAACAGCACAGGUGAACGUUCAAUGAACACAAUUGGUGACGAUAUUGAAGAUGAUUUUGACGAGGAUAUUUUAGCAACUAGAGAAAUGAACCAAGUUCCUUUCUUAUAAAUAUAAUAUUAUGGAUACUUUCUAAUAACUCAUUCAGUUUAUUUUUUCGAUUAUUUAUUCUUUUUCUAUAUGGCAUAUAAACUCAUAAUAAAAACAUUAUACAUUUAAA